AUGAAAUUCGGUCACCAUGGAGGAACAUCUGGUCGUUCGCAACCUCAAACUGGCUGCGUUGAAAUUCUGUCGGGACCAUUUGCAUCAGGCUCUGCGUUUGGAGUAACUCGAUGCCAGUUUCGGCUUUACGUCACAACUUUUGAUGAUACUUCUGGUACUAAAUCAACUUCUGAAACUAAUGAUCAGGAUCAAGCAACACGUGAUGCGACAAUGAGAGAAUGCCAAUGUGUGAUACGACACCGGGAUCAAACUCAAACCGCUAGCGGCAGAUCUUGCCAGUCAAGGUGUAAUAACGAAGGAUCCGAUCUCAUGUCAUAG